AAAAAAACGUUAGAAAUGACCAUUGCAGCGAGCGAAUAAAAUGGAUAAUGAAGCAAAUCUAGACAAUAAACGAGUGCCGUUACAAGAAAUAGUCGCAAACAGUGAUAAUAACGUAGAGAUUAGAGGCAGUUGCGCCGUUACAGAAACUAAUGAAAAUGCGAAAUCGAUGAGGACAAAUCGGGCGGGUGAGCGAGUGUGGUCUUUGGCCAGUUUCGACAUCGGCAGGCGAUUGGGCGGGGGCUCGUUCGCCAACGUAUUUUUGGCACGCGAGAAAAAGUCCAAGUUCAUCGUCGCCCUUAAAGUGUUACUCAAGAAAGACAUCAAACAGAAGAACCUCGAACUGCAGGUCAUUAGAGAAAUCGACAUCCAAGCCCAUCUAAUCCACCCUAACAUACUCAGGCUGUACGAGUACUUCCACGACGAGUCCAGGAUUUACAUGAUACUCGAAUUCGCCCCGAAAGGUUCCGUGUAUUCGAAGUUGCUCGAGUGCCCGAAUAAGAGGUUCUCUGAGGGAGUAGCGGGAGUGUAUGUGGCGCAAAUAGCGGACGCUCUUCAUUACUGUCACUCCAAGAAAGUUAUACACAGGGACAUCAAGCCGGGGAAUUUGCUACUCGGGCAGAACGAGGAGAUUAAAUUGGCGGAUUUCGGGUGGUCCGUGCACGGACCUUCUUCGAGAAGAUCUACACAAUGCGGCACUCUAGAUUAUUUAUCGCCCGAAGUAGUUUUAGGUAAAACUUAUAAUGAAAAAGUCGAUUUGUGGAGCCUCGGAGUGGUUUGUUACGAGUUCCUUACUGGUAAAACGCCUUUCGAUUGCUCGAAUUCCCACGGCAUUUGCAAGAAAAUAAGCAAGGGGCAGUUCUCGGUACCCUCUUUCGUUUCCAACGAGGCCAAAGACUUGAUUAGGAAAUUGAUCGUUCUCGAACCGGACUCGAGAUUAGAUUCGAUAGGCGUUUUAGAACACCCUUGGAUUUUAAAACAUAAAACUAGUUAAUUUUUAGCAAUGUGAUAAUAUUUAAUGGCCCGUAUUCAGCUGCUCACUUUAAAGAAGCGUCUCUAACUUGACAGUUUAUCUCCUUAUUCUUUCAUUUGACAGAUUUACAUUGUUAUGGAGUAACUAAGGAGAUUCUUUCACUUUUGACAGUUUUACAUGGUUGUUAUGGAGUAACUAAGGACUUGUUUAGUUCAAAGUGGGGCGCUGAAUACGAGCCAAUAUGUUUUGUACGCUUUUUUUAGUAUCAUAUGUAAUUUUUUUUAAAUCGAACGACGUUUGUAGGAUUUUUAAGCAAACGAUAUUUAUAAAAAAAAUUUACUUAU